UAUCCUUCCAUCACAUGUAGCAGCAUGUGAAGGCCACAGUCCCAUCUGGCCUGCUCUCCCCGCUAACGAUCUAGAGCUUCAAGCAGCGCCUGCGUUAAUCGUCUUGGGCUUUGAGCUCUCGAUCUCCGGCCAUGGCGACCACAACGGUGGACAGGGAGAGGGGUGGAGACCGCACGAAGAGGAAGCAGGGUGGCUUCCGGACCAUGCCGUUCAUACUAGUGAACGAGGUCUGCGACAGGUUCGCCACGGCGGGCUUCGGCGCGAACCUCAUCACGUACCUGACGCAGGAGCUGCACCUGCCGCUGGUGGAGGCCUCCAACACGCUCACCAACUUCGGCGGCACCUCCAGCCUCACGCCCAUCCUCGGCGCGCUCGCCGCCGACUCCUUCGCCGGCCGCUUCUGGACCAUCAUCGCCGGCUCCGUCUUCUUCCAGCUCGGCAUGCUCGGCCUCGUCGUCUCUGCGCUCGUCCCUUCACUCCGGCCCGGCCCCUGCUCCCCUCCCGCCACACCGUGCCGCCGCGCCAACGGGCUGCAGCUCGCCGUGCUCUACCUCUCUCUGCUCUGCACCUCCCUCGGCUCCGGCGGGAUCCGGCCGUGCGUCGUGGCGUUCGGCGCCGACCAGUUCGACAGCCAGCCGAAGGAGGAGCAGCACGGUGAUGAAGCGGGCGGCGCGGAGGCGGUGGCGGGGCAGAAGCGGCAGUACUUCAACCUCUACUUCUUCACCAUGGGGUUCGCCGUGCUGCUGGCGCUGACGGUGGUGGUGUACAUCCAGGAGAACGUGGGGUGGGGGUGGGGCUUCGGGAUCCCGGCCAUCGCCAUGUUCGUCUCCAUCCUCGUCUUCGUGCUCGGCUACCCGCUCUACGUCCGGCUCAAGCCCGGCGGCAGCCCCUUCACGCGGGUGGCGCAGGUCGUCGCCGCCGCCUACAAGAAGCGGGCCGCCCCGCUGCCGGAGGACCCCGGCAUGCUGUACCAGGACAAGGAGCUGGACGCGGUCAUCUCCACCAACGGCAGGCUCCUGCACACCAACCAGCUCACUUUCUUCGACCGGGCGGCGAUCGUGACGCCGGCAGACACAGCGGGCUCCGGCAAGCUAGACAUGUGGCGUCUGUCGACGGUACACCGCGUGGAGGAGCUCAAGUCACUCAUCCGCAUGCUGCCCAUCUGGUCGGCUGGUAUCCUGCUCGUCACCGCCGGCUCGCACAACAACAGCUUCGCCAUCAUGCAGGCGCGCACCAUGGACCGCCACAUGACCCAGCAUUUCCAGAUCCCCCCGGCAACCAUGUCCAUUUUCAGCACCGUCGCGAUGCUCGUCACCCUGGUUCUCUACGACCGGGCCUUCGUGCCAAUCGCGCGCCGCUUCACGGGCCUUCCGUCCGGGAUCAACUAUUUCCAGCGCAUGGCCGUCGGCCUCGCCAUCUCCAUCCUCGGUGUCGCCUCGGCGGCGCUCGUUGAGGCCAAACGCCGGGGCUCCGCUGCCGAUCACGGGCUACUGGACACACCGGCAACCAUGGUGCCGAUGAGCGUGUUCUGGCUGGUGCCGCAGUACGCCAUCCACGGCGUGGCGGAUGGGUUCUCCUCGGUUGCGCACAUGGAGUUCUUGUACGACCAGGCGCCGGAGAGCAUGCGCAGCACCGCCGCCGCGCUCUUCUGGCUUUCCGCCUCCCUCGGCAGCUACAUGGGCACCGUGCUCGUCACGGCGGUGCAAAGCGCCACGCGGAGAAGUGGCGACUGGCUCCAGGACAAUAUCAACAGGGGCAGGCUGGACGCCUACUACUGGCUCGUCACCUGCCUCAUGCUGCUCAACCUUGGCUACUACCUCAUAUGCUUCCGUUUCUACACCAUGAAGCCAUUAGAGAUGGCGGUGGACGAUGACCACGAGAAGGAGCUCGAGCUUUCCUCUGUCCACAAAAAUGGCGGCGGUGGCGCUGUAUAAGAUCGAGCCUAGACGGUGGAGCGUAUAGUAUAAUACUAGUAAUUACAUCGAAUGUGUUGAGUGGCUAGUUAAUCAACUGCACAUGCGUGCACAACUGUUGCAACAUCGAAAUGUUCUUGGCGCUAGCUAGCAUAGUAAGCAUCCCGGCCGGCCGUGACAAGGGCCAAUAUUGUGAAGGUCAUGUUGCAAGGUCAUGCCGCGGAAAAAGGAAGAUCGUGCAGCAAAAAAGCAGCCCUGAUAGAUAAUCUAUCCUUGCCAUGCCUGCAUCAUCUUUGCUCUUUUGCAGCAUGUUUCGAUUUGCUCUUUUGUUCGCUUUAAUAAUUGGAGAAUUGGAGUGAUCUAUCACAACCAGUUGAAAGGACGACUAGAAAA